AUGCUGAACGAUAAAGUCGACUUUCAAGAUACUGAAUCAAGAGUAGAAAGCUACACUUCUCACUCUGACAAAGAUAAUGAACAGAAGAAGCAAUCAUUUUGGACUAGUAUCUGGUUUUCGAACCAGGAUCAUCACGAUAUCCAGAAGAAGUAUGCAGACGUGACUUUGGAUCUCAUUCAGCAGAAUGGUGGAGAUGUGGGCGAGUUGACUCCAGAGAAGGAGAAGAAACUCAGAAGAAAGCUCUGGUUGACCAUCUUGCCUAUUGUAUUCAUUAUCAAUGCCACAUUGUUCAUUGACAAAGAUGCCAUCUCUUACUCGAAGUUGUUAGGUGUCUACACUGACAUGAAUAUCACUGCAAAUGAUUACAAUAACGUCUUAACAUACUUUUAUGUUGGAUAUAUUCUUGGUCAGAUUCCUUCUCAUUACCUCAUUCAGAGAUUGCCAAUCUCUUGGUAUAUUACAGGAACCUUGGCAAUUUGGUCGGUUUUGGCAUUUUCUACACUUGCAUCAAGAAGUUACGGUGGCCUUGCUGCUACUAGAUUCUUUUUGGGAUUUUUUGAGUCUGGAAUAACUCCAUGUAUUGAACACACUUUAGGAAUGUUCUUUACACCUGCUGAACAAGCUAUUGUGAAUCCCAUCUUCUGGAUUUCAUGUGUUGGAAUCGAUGUUCCAACUGGUUUCAUCUCUUACGGACUUCAAUUCGUGACUAAAUGGAGACCUUGGAAGUGGUAUUGGCUCUUUGUUGGUAUUGUGUCGACAUGUUCGACAGUAUUUGCCUACUUCUUCUACCCUGACAACCCAAGUAGUAGUUGGUUGUUCACUACUGAAGAGAAGAUUCACAUUAUUAGAAAAGUGAAAAAUGCCACUAGGUCAUCGAUUGAGCUGAAAUCAUUCAAGUAUUAUCAAUUCAUUGAAUGUUUGAAAGAUCCAAUCAGUUGGUUGUUCUUUUUUUACUGCUUUUGCAAUAUGUUGGAGAACUCUACCAUGUAUCAAGCUGCCACAAUCUACACUGAGUUGGGAUUUGACCAUCUUAAGACAACACUUCUCAUGGUUGUUCAGAAUGGUUUUGGUACUUUCUCGGCUAUUUGCGGAACCAUUGCCCUCUCUAUCUUCAGAAAACAGUCGUGCUUUGUUGCUGCAGCAUGGUUAAUGCCAUCUCUUUUGGGUGCUAUUCUAGCUGUAUCUUUACCUUGGAGUAAUAAGCCGGGAAUUUUAGGUGGUAUGUUCUUGACAAGAACCAAUGGAACCGCCUACAUUAUCGUAUUGUCUUUGAGUCAAGCUACGGCUGCUGGGUACACAAAGAAGUUGACCAGAACACUUCUUUUCAUGAUUGCUUACUCUAUAAGUAACAUCAUUGCGCCCCAAUUAUGGAGAUCACAGUACAAGCCACGUUACAGGCUCUCCUGGAUUAUCCAAAUCGUCUUUAGUUGGUUCAUCUCUCCGAUCAUUCUUCUUGUUAUUCGUUAUAUUUUAUCGAGAAGAAACAAGGAGCGCCUCGCCGCUAUAAACGAUGACAAUGAAGAAGAUUACGGUUUUGUGGAGACGGUAGAUGAAGAUGGAAAUGCGAAGAGAACGAAAGUUGAUAUUUCUAUGCUCGAUCUUACUGAUUUGGAGAAUAAGAAAUUUAUUUACCCUCUUUAA